AUGUCUCUCGAUCUCACCAUAGGAUUGCUUGGAAAGCAGGUUCCGGUGGCAAGUCCAAAGUUGAGAUGGAAAGAUGGUCAUACUACUAUUCUGCCUAUGGUUCAUGGUGAGGGAAAUAUCAAUGUGUGUAAAGCCGUCGAUAUUCCGAUUAUCCGAUUUAUGGCCGAUUUUCCAACUUCUACAUCAAGCUCCAAAAAUGUUCUUCAUUUGAAGCAAGAUGCACUUGGGAGAAAGGACAUAUUGGCCGUGGUUGGGAACGCACUGAGUACACAUCUACCUGUUGUUAUCAGAGGCGUAUCCCAUGAGAGACUGCAUGGAUCCCUAUCAGAGGAUUACCUUGACGAGAGAUCUAAUGAUUCGGUCAAUCAAUCAUGUCCAUCCCACAAGGACUGGGACAAUCAAAUCGUUCUUUGA